AUGUUGUCAGGUCGACUGGCACUGGUGACUGGUGGCGGCUCCGGCAUCGGCCGGGCCGUCUGCCAGGUGAUGGCUCGAGAGGGCGCCCGCGUCGUGGCCGCCGACCUCAACGAGGCCUCCGCCAAGGAGACGGCCGCGCUGCUGGCGAGCGCCGAGCACGUGGGCGUGCCGCUGGACGUGACGAGCGAGGAGUCGGUGGCGGCCGUGGUGCGCGGCGUGCGGGACCGCUACGGCGCGCCGGCAGACUGCGUCGUCAACAGCGCUGGAAUCACCGGCUUCAGCUUCCUGAAAGACAUGUCUCUGGAAACGUUUUCACACGUGAUCGACGUGAACCUGAAGGGGACGUUCCUUGUUACCAAGCUCGCCUCCAACGCUAUGAUCGAGGCCAAAACGGGAGGCUCCAUCACCAACAUGGCAAGCAUCCUGGGUAAGAUAGGAGCUAUCAGCCAGUGCAACUACUCUGCUAGCAAGGCCGGAGUGGAAGCCUUCACGCGGACGGCCGCCAAAGAGCUCGGCCGAAAAGGGAUCCGGUGCAACGCCAUUCUUCCGGGCUACAUCGACACGCCGAUGACAUCGAUCGCCUCGGACAAAAUAAUCAAAAUGGUGAUGCCGCUGAUCAUCCUGGCCCGGAAAGGGCGGCCUGAGGAGGUGGCCGAGCUAGCCGCCUUCCUGGCCUCUGACCGCGCCUCCUACAUGACCGGAGCCAGUGUCGAGGUUACCGGCGGAUACGGCCUGUAG